AUGUCGGCAACACAGCUCUCCAGGCUGCUUCCCCUGCCCGAAGAGGAGCUGAAGCAGGUUCUGGACUAUGCGGCCACCUUGUCCAAACCAGAAGCUGUUGAGCACUUCGGGAACCUGCUCGGUGACUCACCAGACGCCAUCGACUUUAUAUCGUCGUUCAACUCACGGCGGCAGGCGCCCAGGGACUCGGGAACAGCACAGUCGCAGCCGCAGUCGUCCCGGCCGGACCAUGGCGCCGUCCCAAAGCACGCCCGCGCGCCCAAGAAGAAAAAGGCGCCGCUGCAUACUCCACCGCCGCGUGCAGUCGCUGACCUGGGGCCUGCACCGGGCACGGCUUACAGCAAGAAGGACAUCCAGGGUGACUACAUCUCGCGCAGGCCAAGCCCAGCCUCGGGGUCCAGCGGCUUUGCGUCGCCUGCCCUGUCGAGACCAUCAUCCAAGCCCGCAAACCCUCCACCCCAGAAGCUUCCCCCCUCGGCCGCCGGCCAGCUGAUCUCGGAUGGCCCCAAGCCGAAGCCAAGGUCUACACCGGCGUCCCGGUCGUCGACGCCGGCCCCCAAAGCAAAAGUCAACAUAUCUGGUGGCACUGCUAUGCACGGGGCCUCCACUGCCUUGUCCGACCUCGAUGCUGCCAUUCGGACCCUGGAGAUGACGACAAACCCCACCAGAGACACAGAUGAUGCCGCAAGACGGUGCAACUGCGUUGCCGCACGGCAUCCUCUGCUUGCCGCCGCGCCCAACUGCUUGAGCUGUGGAAAGGUCAUCUGCGUCAAGGAGGGCCUCGGACCCUGCACAUAUUGUGGAACCCCACUACUGAGUGCCGCCGAGGUCCAGUCCAUGAUACACGAGCUCAAGCAGGAGCGCGGCCGUGAGAGGAUGGCAGCCGACAAGGUGGCGCACAAAAAGGCAGCAGUGUCUCGCACUCCUGCACCCUUUACAAAGCCCCGGGAAACGGACGACAACCUUGGCGGUGCCGAGGCCAAGGCACUAGAGCACCGCGACAAACUCCUCGGCUUCCAGGCCCAGAAUGCUAGACGCACAACCGUGAGAGAUGAGGCCUCUGACUUUGACGUUAGCGGCGCCGUGGCAGGCACGGGCGGCAACAUAUGGGCAAGUCCCGAAGAGAGGGCCCGUGAGCUGAAACGGCAGCAGAAGAUCAUGCGAGAGAUGGAAUGGAAUGCGAAGCCGGACUACGAGAAGCGGAGACAGGUGGUGAGUAUCGAUGUUGUGGGCGGCAAGGUCGUCCGUAAGAUGGCCGCCAUUGAGCGGCCUGAAAGCCCGGAUGACGAGAUCGAGGCUUCGCCAGCACCAGUCCUGAAGGAGACCAAUGGCAACAGGGGUUCUGGUGCUGGGGCUUUCUCCCAGAAUCCCCUGUUGGGUGGGCUUAUCAAGCCUGUCUUUGAUGCAAAGGGGAAGGGUGCCGAGCUGGAAGGUCGCAAGGACCGCAAGACUAGAUGGCGGAAAGUGCAAGACGACCAAGACAACAACGAGAGCGUUAUUCUAGACGGAGGUGCAUACGGUGGACCGUCUGCCACUGCGUCAUUACCUGCAGGGGACGAGCCGGCAUGCGGUUAG